AUGACCACCCAAAGUGCCAUUAUCGUCCAAGGACCGGGUCGCGCAGUGCUGAAGCAAAACGUUCCGCUCCCAGAGCUGCCAGAUGGUUACAUUCUCGUCAAAACCAAAGCCGUGGCUCUGAAUCCCACGGACUGGCGUCACAUCGAUUUUGUUCCAUGUGACGGAGCUACUGUUGGCUGUGACUAUGCUGGAAUAGUGGUGGCCGUCACCCCCCAAGUCAAAAAAACAUUCAAGAAAGGCGACCGGGUGGCUGGGUUCGUACACGGCAGCAACGCAGCGCGCCCCAAUGGCGGCGCAUUUGCCGAGUACGUGAUCGCGAAAGGUGACCUGCAAAUUUUCAUACCCGACUUCAUGAGUUACGAGGCUGCAGCCACGUUCGGUGUCGGACUGACUACUGAGGAGACAAGUAUCCUGAUUUAUGGAGGCGCGACGGCUACUGGCACUCUUGCGAUCCAGUUGGCAAAAUUAUCGGGCCUGCGAGUGGUGACGACGUGCUCUGAAUCCAAUCGUGGCUUGAUGUUUGAGCUUGGGGCAGAUGCUGUGUUUGAUUACCACGAUCCGCAAGCGGGCGAGCAAAUCAGGGAGGCUACCGAUGACGCCUUGGAGUUUGUACUGGAUACAAUCUCUACACACCAAUCCGCUGCCAUCUGCAGUGCAUCUAUUUCGUCAUCUGGCGGGUCUUAUCAUGCCCUACUGGAUGUCAAAUGUGCGCGCGAAGAUGUUGAUUCCCAUGUCUCUAUGGCGUAUGACUUGCUGGGCGAGCCUUACCGCAUGGGGCCAAAUGAAAUCUCCCCUGAUAAGAGCAACCUCGAAUUUGGGAUCAGAUGGUGGAACUCGGUGCAGAAACUACUUGACCAGCGCCGCGUUCUCCCGCACCCGUAUCAGGUGAAGACCGGUGGUUUGGCCGGAGUUUUGGCCGGACUCCAGUUGCUACGGGAAGGUAAAGUCCGAGCCUCUAAGCUCGUGUAUUGGGUCAAUGAAUCUGGGUGA